UAAUAAUAACUUCUAAUAAUGCAGACAAUGACCUACCUUUAAAGGUAAGGAACCAAGGAACUGAAUUAUGAUGCAGUAAAAUAUUGUUGUAUUUCUUGAAGUUUCUUCUGUUUCAGGAUGCCUGAACAGUCGGCUCUUCCUCGUCUGCACAUUCUGUUGCUCUGUAUUUUGGGUUCAACAUUUCUGGCCCAUGGCUUCCCUCGACCACGACUCCCUCUGAGGACGACUGAUGGGUCGGAGGAACCAAAAGAACAUACCUGGGAUGUCUUCUUCCCUUCUGUUGCUAUGCGGGACUGGAGCAUUAGUUUGAUGUCAGGCCCCCGUCCUGAAACCAAACGGCUGAUGACGAAGACCUGGCUAACGGCUCCAGAGAGUGAAGAAGCAGGGUUGUACGACAUGGUAAAUAACGAUGGUCUGUAUGUUGCUAGAAUGGACCAAGCCUGGUCGUCUGAAUGGCCGUCUCGAGAAGCUGGGAUGACAAAGAGAAACAUGGUGGUGGCUGACGACGCCGCCUUCAGGGAGAAGAGCAAACUCCUCACCUCCAUGGAGAGACAGAAGUGGCUCAACACCUACAUGCAGAAACUACUGGUGGUUGACUCUUCCUGAUGGAUUCUGUCUGCCGUCACUGCAAGGCAAAAUGGCUGCCGUCACUUUUCUGCCAGCGUCUGAGAUGAGGGAGUUCAGGGAUUAUAGGUUGAGGAAUGACACGCCGUUUUGCUUUUAUAGUGCUUUACUUUGGCCUCUGAAUUAAACAAACUAAUCUAUGAACACUUAAUAAACACCUGGAAAUGUGAAAGUCAUUCUGUUUGUGACCAAUAAAAAAGGUGCAAAUGAUUUCAAUUGGUGCAAGUUUGUCAAGUUUGCAAGGUUAAUCCCUAAAUGCAUCACACACACAUUUCUAAAAUCUGAACCAACUGGUGCACCAUGGGACUUUCCUAAAAUACUGUAGGUGCUGUAACUCAAAAAGGUUGGGGAAACACUGUACUAUACUUACCAAUAUAGUAUGAGUGCAGUGGUUCCUGCAACUGCUUAAAUGCAGAAGGUCCUGGGUUCCAGCCCCAGAGGAACCACAUAGGUGGCGCCUCCUGGGAGCAGCCUGUUGCAGCAGAUCUGCAGUUCACCCAAGAAUUUCCCCAGAGAUCAAUUAGGGUAGGGAUUAUGAUUGUUAAAACAAAUGCUUGAGGAGUAGCCAUUUAUUCCUUUUCCAUAAAUGAGGUGUAGCAAAUGACAGUGAAUUUAAAAUAAUGUAAACUAUGUACAUCGUGCUGGUACGAUCUGAUUAUCUGUAAAAGUCCAAACAUAUACUCUCCCAUGCAUGGAUUUUAACAUGAAAUUCCUUCUUUUUUUUCAUUUGGGGCUGU